CCAGAAUAACCAUUCGAUACCUAAAUCAAAAUGAGUUAUGCCACGUAAAGCAAUAAAGUGUGUAUUUGACGGUGCAAGAUAGAAUUUUUUCGCCAAAAUUUUGUUUUUGUGGAACUUGUCGACUACAUAUUUUUGUUAACACCAAUGUUCACUACUGUUCAAAGAUAUCCAAUUAUAUCCAUAUGAUUGAUACAAUUACAUUUUUGUAUAAAAGGCAACAACACGAAGUAAACUGUGGAAAAGUAACUUGAUCUGUUAACAACGGUUAUAUUAUUUUUCUAAGUUAAUAUUGAUUUUGCUGAAAACUGGAUGUGGUAUACAUAAUGACUUUGGCUCGCUGGUGAAUUCACGUUUUUGGUUUCUUCGCUGUUCUCGUUUUGUUAAAACUAAAGGAAACGAAUUUGGUAGAAAUUGUUUUAAAAAAAAUGCACGAUGGAACAAAGAGUAUUCCUAAAAUAUUUGCAAAUAUAUUUAUAUCGUUUAUUGGUGCGGGAGUCUUAGGAGUUCCUUAUGCAUUUAAAGAGGCAGGAAUUAUUGAAGGAACUGUAAUACUGGCUUUUACUGGUUUUAUUAGCACGCAAGCAAUGUUGCUUUUGAUUGAUUGUAAAUAUAAAAUAAUAAUGAAACAUGCACAGUAUGAAAAACUUCUUCCUGUUCCUGAUGAAAAACCAGCUAUAAAAAGUAAUGAAAAUUCACCUGACAAAGAAGACAAACAAUUAAAACAAAAGGUUGGAGUAAAUCAUCAUGAGCUUGAGUUUGGUGAUCUAGGAAAUUACGCAUUAGGGAAAUGUGGAAAUGUUUUAGUAGAUGGUCUUGUUGUCUUUUCUCAAAUUGGAUUUUGUUGUGGAUAUUUGAUAUUUAUUUCUGAGAAUUUAGUAGAUUUUAUGCCAAAGUAUUCUCGAAAUCAAUAUUUGCUGUUUAUGCUGUUACCAUUGAUAAUCCUUGCAAAUAUUCGUCAUUUGAAAAAUCUUAGUAUUUUCAGCUUAUUUGCGGAUUUUGCAAACAUAUUUGCAUACUGUGUGGUAUUUUGGUUUGAUUUUGAACAUUUUGAAAAAGUUCGAAACAAUGUUCACAAAUAUUCAUUUGAAGGCUUACCAUUUUUUAUUGGUAUAUCCGUCUAUUGUUAUGAGGGUGCUGGAAUGAUCCUUUCUUUGGAAGCAUCAGUUGAUAAGGACCAUCGUGGAAAAUUUAAUGGAUUAUUCAAACUGGUCAUGUUUGUCAUCACAACCCUCUAUAUAACAUUCGGUGUAUGUGGAUAUUUGUCAUUUGGUGAAAAUACUAAAAACAUAAUUACGUUGAACCUACCAAAUGGGAAAUUUCCUGUGAUUGUAAAAAGCUGUUUGAUGUUUUCUUUAUUUUUUACAUAUCCAAUAAUGAUGUUUCCCGUGUCAAGAAUAUUAGAAAUGCGACUCUUUAAAAAUGCAAAUGAAAUGGAUUAUUAUAAAUGUAUGAUAAUUCGUAGCAGUUUAGUACUAAUAACGUUGGCUAUAGUCGUAUGUAUUCCAAGCUUUUCAACGUUAAUGGCGCUCAUCGGUUCUACGUGUUGUAUACUAUUAGCGUUUAUAUUACCUGCAUCGUUUCACUUGCAAGUUUUUAAAGGGGAACUAAAUUUAUGUCAAAGAAUGUUUGAUUAUUUGCUCAUAUUUUUGGGAGUUGUGACAGGAUGUGUGGGAACUCGAGAUGCUGUUUCCAGACUUUGGCACGAAAAUCUUGAAGCUCAACCUUAAUAAUCACUGUUCAAAAUAUAUUCAGCAAUUUUCUACUGGUGAUUUUAUAGGAGAUAUUUAAAAUUUAGAUUGAAAAAAGUUAACACAUUCUAUUUUAAGAGCAAUUCUAUUUUCACGCGGAAAUAUUAUGUGAUAUUGAAAAUAAGUUGAUAUUAUCAGUCCAUAAAGUUGUGGUUUGAUAGUAAAGUAAGAAUUUAUUUUAUUUAGAAUUUUGUAUGAUGAAUCUCACAAUUAGUUGUACGUGUAUCUUUGGAAGGGAUGUAUAAAAUACGCAUACUUUGAAAACACAUAUAGACCAAAUGAAAUGUCAAUACAAAUAUUGUCAACAACUACAGUGUGUAGUUGAAAUAUAUAUAAAUAUACAAGAAUUAUGCAAGUUGAACAUUGAGUAUUUUAUCAUUGUUCUGUAAUGUUUCAAUAUCUGCUAAUUAAUACUGUUUAUAGUAACGACUUACCGACAUAUAUUUGUAAAAGGAGCCUGAAAAGUUGGUUAAUAAAUUUUAAAAUAUUUUUCA